CGACCUGUCAUGCUGCACUGACAUUUACCGGGUUAAAGUGUCAAAUAGUUGGAGAUAAUGAUACACAAAUUGCUCUGUUUUAUUAAAUUUUAUUAAAUGUGAUCACGUGUUUGGAUAAGAUGUGGAAAAACGCCAGAAGGCUCUCGACCAUGACAUGCUGGAAACUCUCCUUCCAUGGCGUCCAGCUGACUGUGAAACCCCAGGUGAGAUGUAUCUCGCAGGGUGUGUUCAGGAGGGACUCGACACCCCGACCUGCUCGCUCUCUCAGGUCCAGGUGUGUCCCGUUCCUGUCCGGUUUGUACCUGCAGCCGUGCGGCGUGAGGCCCGUGAGCUCGUCCGGAUCCGGGUGGUACGAGAGCGUGGCGGAUUCUGCUCCCGUCCACUUCACCGAACAGCUUCUGAUCUCCAGCCAGCAGAUGACGGCGCUGCCAUGGUGGGCGGGGAUCGUCUGCACGACACUGGCACUGCGCACCGUCGUCACUCUGCCGCUCGCCGUCUACCAGGCCGUCAUCAUCGCAAAGAUUGAAGCCUUGCAGAAGGAAAUAGCCGAGUUAGCACAACGGCUACGCUACGAGAUUUCCAUCAGAGCCAAGGAGAAGGGCUGGUCUGAGAAAGCGUGCAGGUACCAUUUUAAGAAGAACCUGCGGCGGAUCGUGUCCGAGCUGUACGUGAGGGACAACUGCCACCCGUUCAAGGCCAGUGUGCUGGUGUGGGUGCAGGUGCCCAUGUGGGUGUUCGUCUCUCUCGCCCUGCGGAACAUCAGCGUGGGAUUGGAACACGUCCCGUCGGGAUUGCAGCAAGAGCUGGCAGCAGGUGGCGCUCUCUGGUUUCCAGACCUCACGGUACCGGACUCAACCUGGAUCAUCCCCGUGUCUCUGGGCCUCAUCAACCUGCUCAUUACCGAGGUCUACGCCUUGAGCAAGCUCGAACAGUCAAAGUUCCAGAAAUACGUGACCAACUUCAUCAGAGGAAUCUCUCUGGUUAUGAUUCCUUUAGCUGCCACCGUGCCUUCUUCCAUGGCGCUGUACUGGCUCAGCUCCAGCUGCAUCGGUCUGGGUCACAACCUCCUCCUGCGUUCUCCACGUUUCCGAUCUCUCUGCCGAAUCCCUCCAUCACACUCGGACUCUCACACACCCUACAGGGACGUUGCUGCUGCCUUCCGGAACAAAUACAUGAAAUAAUUAUUGAUAAACUCACUCAAGAUUGGUCAGGUUCAGCAGAACCACCAAUCUCGAGUGCACACCAUCUGCAAAAGACAGUCCACCAUCUGUCUUUUCUUCUCGAGGUCACUGUGGAGGAUGUUUGUAAAAAGCGAACGAUAAACAUGAAGACUGAAGUGUUUCUGGAAUGUACAGUUUUGGUGUUGAGGUAGAAAUAUUUAUCAAGGACUCCGAAACCAUUCUGGGAACUUUGUGGAGGAGGAAGCGUUCUUCUCUUCAUGUCUUCACAGGUCUCCUCCUUCAUCUGCUGGAGUCGUGAAUCCUGUCUGUGGAAAAGGACUUUAAAAAGCUAAAACUUCUCUGUCUCGCUCUCUUUUUUUUUUUUUUUUUUUUUUUUUUUUUUUUUAGAUCUGAGUUUUGAUUCUAAAUUUUAUCAAAUCUUUUCAGACUGCUGACAUUUUGCAUUUUUGAGGAAUGGAGAAUUUGUGAGAAAAAAAAUACAAAAUAACGCAAAAGUGGUUUGGUUUUUCAAGAUUAGGAUCUUGAUGUCAUAAGAUGUUUGUGUCCUUUGCGAUAUUUAAAGACGCAUCCCAUAAAUCAUGGCUGGAACAAUCCCACCCUCCGUCAUCUGUGGAACUUUUCACACUUGCGUUAUUUUCAAAUUGAAUCCAAAAUUCAGUUCAUUGUUGAAUUGAAAUCGUAAACACUGAAGCGUGAAAUUCAUUUUCAGAUGUGAAAGUUGUGAUUUUUCCUGGUUUCGAGUCGCAGAGGAAGUUUGUACGGAUGAGUUCGGAGGUCGUGAUGAUGACGUGGUGUGUUGCUGCUGAAGUUUCAUCAUUCUGAGGUGAGCGCGCUCGUCUCGAAGAAAACAUCAUGGUGGUUCCUCCAGGGAAUAAUCAUGACCUUUGAACUCGUCUUCACAAACUGUUCAGGAAGGCAGCAUGGCAGUGUGAGAGAACUUUCCGUGGGUUGUUUGUUUUGGAUUAUAAUUGACAAUAAAUACAUU